AAAACCACACAUUUCAUAAUACUCACUUGGUCCUCUUGUUUCUUUUAAGAGGAAUAUUAACUUUACAAUAAUUCGUCGGUCCUUUACAAUUUCAUGGAUACAAAACCACCUUCUCCACCACACGUUGUUAUCUUCCCAUUUCCGGCCCAAGGCCAUGUUAACUCCAUGUUAAAGUUAACGGAGCUCCUUCUGGAAGCCAGUCUUAAUAUCACCUUCUUAAUAUCCGCCAAGGACCAUGACCGCCUGGCCCGUUUCACCACGGUCCAUUCUCAUCUCAACAGUUACUCGGGCCAUUUUCGGUUCCAUGUCAUUCAUGGGCUAUAUGAAGGCCCAAUGGUUACCGAGGAACAACAAAGUCUAAUUAUGGCUGAAUCUUUGCCAAAAGUAGUUGGACCAUUACUUAGAAACUUGCUUCUUGAUUCUCAAGUGACUUGUUUGAUAGCUGAUGGGUUUACGGAUUUCCCACUUGACGCUGCUCAAGGGACUGGAGUUCCGGUUAUUUCCUUUCGAACGAUUAGCGCUUGUGCGUUCUGGGCUUACUUUUCAGUCCCGGAGCUUAUAGAGUCUGGCGACCUCCCUAUUCAAGGUACAAACUUGGAUGAACGAAUAUUGAGUUUGAAAGGAAUGGAAGGAUUCCUUCGUCGACGUGAUCUUCCUAGCUUUUGUCGUUCCGAUAUAAAUAACAAAAUCUUCCAACAAAUAACCAGAAUAUCACGCAGGACCACGGAGGCACAUGCACUUUUGAUUAACACCUUCGAUGAUCUUGAAGGGCCUAUUAUCUCUCAAAUACAACAACAUUGCCCGAAUAUCUAUACGAUUGGACCACUUCAUGCUCAUUUGAAAGCCCGGACUUCAUCCAAAACAACAUCUUCAAAUAGUCUAUUUGAGGAAGAUAAGACAUGUAUUACUUGGCUUGAUCAAAAAGCACCAAAAUCGGUGUUGUAUGUUAGUUUUGGAAGCCUUGCGACCGUUACAAGAGAGCAACUUAUGGAGUUUUGGUAUGGUUUGGUCAAUAGCGGAAAGCUAUUCUUGUGGGUCAUCCGAGAGGAUCUGGUGCUAAAACAGGAUGAUGAGAAUAAGGUUCCGAUUGAGCUAGAGGAAGGUACUAAAGAAAGAGGUUAUAUGGUUGGAUGGGCUCCUCAAGAAGAAGUCUUAGCCCAUCCAGCUGUAGGUGCAUUUCUAACACAUAAUGGAUGGAACUCAACUUUGGAAAGUAUCGUUGAAGGAGUCCCAAUGAUCAGUUGGCCAUAUUUCGCAGAUCAACAAAUUAAUAGUAGAUUCGUGGAAGCAGUCUGGAAACUAGGUCUAGACAUGAAGGAUACAUGUGAUAGGACAAUAAUCGAGAAGACUAUAAAAGAAGUUAUGGAGGAGCGAAAGAUGGAGUUUAUAGAAUCUGCAAAUCGUAUGGCAAGAUUAGCAAAGGAAUCGAUAAAUGAAGGUGGGUCUUCUUAUGGUAAUUUGAAUCGUCUUGUUGAAGACAUUAAAAUGAUGGGUAUUGGAUCAAAAUAACCUCAAGUACUUCAAAUUUGUUGUAGAAGCUCAAGUUCUUCAAAUUCCUCGUAAUAGUUUAUUCCUAUCAUGUUUUUUUUUUUUUUACUCAUAUGAUAGAAUGCUUAUGCAGUUUAGACCAUCCAUAUGAUGUAUUACAAUAAAACCAUUAGAAAAAUUGAUAGUUUUAUUCGAGUAACCUAUAUUAACUCGUCUAUAACUUUCCUCAUUUAAUUCCUAAGAUGUGGCAUGUUACUCAUUGGAGUCA